GUUUCUUGUAUGUGUGUUGGUAUGUUUCCAACUUGCUUCCUUAAUUAUUCCGAUGUGCUGAUAGGAUGUCCAGUCGAAUCUCGAAGCGUCCCUCGAAAUCCCGCGAUAUCCUUAAGUCCACAGCGAGCAAACUGAUCUUAGCUGUUUCUGCAGAAGGGUUCGAGGUCCCGGUUUCUACUACGAACUCGCUAGUUCUUGCUGCCGCUAUUGAGGAGUUUGGUUUUGAGGUGAUGCCGUGUUCUCGCUGCAUUGCCCACGGGCGCGUGUGCAAGAUGCUGGACAAUGGUUCCAAGAAAUGUGGUUUUUGCACCGACAAGGGUCGUCCUUGCGAUGGGACCGGUAUUCCUCUUUACUUUGACUCGGGUCAUUUCCAAGGCGAAGCGCCUUGGUGAUAAGGAGUCGGAGUUGGAGGAGGAGUUCCUCAAGAAGCGGGCCGCUCUUCGGGCCGCUCAGGCCGAGUUUGACCAAUCGCUGGAUCUUCUGGAGCGCGCUCGCCGUCAGCGUCAGUCUCUGGUUACUCGGGGGCGUGAGAUGACUCGUCGUGGCUUGGAGUCUUUGGAGGAGUUGGAGGCUUCGGAGCAGGCGGAGUUGGAGGCCACCAUCGACCUUCGGUCGCUGGUAUAUGCCGAUGUCAUUGAUUGGCCGUCCCUUGGUCUCAGCGAUGGUUUUGCAGGUGCUGGUUCUUUUCUGCUCGAUCCUUCUUUGCCUUCUUCUUCUGGCGUUGAUGAAAAUCCUUUAGGAGGCGUUGCGCAUGGGUGAUGUUUUUGGCUGGUUCCCAUUGGUUAUCGCUCUCAGGGUAGUUUUUCCAUUUAAUGAGGUAUUUGGUCUGGUUGUUGAUCCUUUAUUGUUCGAGGAUUUCCUCGACUUCAUAUUCCUCUGGGCCUUCAACCUCUGUUUCGUGCUCAUUGCCAAGCUUGGCCAUGAUAUUCCCUUCCGUGUUCUCAAGAAGUGAGAUGUGGAAGAUAGGGUGAAGUCUGACUUUUGGUAACAAGUCUAAAUGGUAGUUAUUUUCUGAGAUUUUUUUGAGAAUUUUAUAGGAUCUAAU